AUGGUCUUCCUGCGCACCUUGCCUUCACACGCGCGGCAACCCCGAGUCUACUUCGUCGGUCGGCGGCAAGAUGAGGGCCGGCGGAUUGAGACUGAGAUCAAGGCCUUGAAUCCCGACGGCCAGUACGAGUAUCUGCCUUGCGACGUCAGCCUGCUCAACAACGUCGAUGAAUUAUGUCGCCUAAUCCGGCGCAAGGAAUCCAGUAUCAAUCUGCUCUUCGUCAGUAGCGGGACACUCAUUAGGGGUAAAGAGGAAGGCCUCCAUUACCCUAUGGCGGUAACAUACUACUCGCGCAUGCGAUGCGUCGUCAACCUGCUCCCGCUAUUAAAGCAGGCAACCUCUCUCCGCCGCGUCGUCACUGUCUUUGCCGGCACAAUGGAAGGCGCCAUCUUCCCCGAUGGCUUCCAAGCCAGGGGCCUGAGCAUCAGAUCAAUGCGUGGUCAUUGCGUAUCAAUGAUCACCCUUGCACUCGAGUCCAUUGCCAAGCAAGCCCCCGAGGUUUCCUUCGUGCACGACUAUCCCGGCUUCGUCAAGACGGGGCUCUCGCGCGAGCUCAAGGGCCCCAUUCCGGCCAUUGCCUCGGUUUUCUUCGCGCCCGUCAUGGCGCUGCUAAACAUUCCCAUCGAGGAGGUGGGCGAGCGCCAGGUCUUCUUUGCGACCAGUGCUCGGUUUCCACCCGGCUCUGGGGAGAUGGGGACUGAUGGUGUUGCCUUGGAUGCAGGCGUUUGUACUGCCACCAGUACGGAGGGGAAGAUUGGCGGUGGCGUGUACUCGAUCUGCUAUAAAGCGGAGGGCUUGCCUUGGGGGGCGCAAGAGAUCUUGGCUGGGCUUCGAAAGGAUGGCACGACGGACAAGGUGUGGGAGCAUACGAAGGACGAGUUCAUACGCAUCACCGGGGCUUUAUCCGUGUGA